UGGAAAAAUUGUACUUUAAUGCUUCUUGGGUUCAUUUCUGACUCUGCAUAGUGACCAUGCAUUCUGUACUUGUUGAUUAGACCCAGAACUGAGCAUUCUCAGACAGACAAUCUAUCUCCCUCUCAAGGUGACCGAUUGUUCAUGGCCUGAGUCUGCCUUUUAACCCUGGGCUCAGGCUCCUUUCUGUCUGAUGCCUCACCAGACCCAAGGCUGUAGCCUUGUUUAUUCCCUGUGUAAUAUGAACAUCUUCACCCACAGUGUGAUAAGGAGAUUCCACCAGGUCCAGGGAAAAAGGUUAAAAGGCAGAAGCAACUUGAGGAUCGUGGGCUCUUUGCAUCACACCUUCGUGGUGUGUGCACUGAUCUCCCCAGCUGGUUUUCUUUUCUUUUUGAUUUGCUUUCCCCAUUAUUUUUAUUUUCUUUAUUAUUUCAAUAAAUCGCACAAAAAGGACAACUCUCUCUCAUCUACUUCUUUAUGGAAAAUUUCCACCACAGAAAUUGGCGUCUACGAACAGGAUCCGCUGCAGGUCGUCUGGACGGUGUGACCAGGGACGGCGGUCCUGAGGACUAGGGUCGCUCAGCCUCCAAACCUCUACAGCUGUUCUGAGUGGGAGGACUGCUCACCCGUCUGGAUCGCCUCUGACGAGAUCCAACGAACUCAAAAAUCCAACGAACACAAAAUCCAACCUCUACUCGGCCCGGUGAGAGAGAUUCCGUUUUGUUGCGACUUGUUGAAGAAAAAAAAAAAAAAAAAACAGAUCGGGUUUGAAAUUGGUUUCAGUUAUUCGGGGUUUACUUGGUUCUGAUCAUUUGGUUUAGGGAAAGUAAGGCAAAUAACAAUUAAUUCUAAAACAUCUGCAACUAGACUAAAACAAACAACGACAAAAGAAAAAUAUAAUUAGGACUAGAGAUAAUAAUAUUUCUAAAACGACUAUUUGGCUGAAAACAUCCAAAAAUAUUAUAUAUAUUUUUUUUUAUUUUAAAUUUAAUAUUCGGGUAAAAUUAAUUAGGUCAAAGUCUGCCCUGGUGGUCGAGACGGUGGUUGCUAAGGGUUGGCUCGUGGGACCGAGCUUGUUUUGUCUGUAUUGAGGAUACAGACCAGUGUGCAGAUCUGAGCGCAGUCCAAAGGGUGUGGACAAGGAAAUAAAAGACGGCUUCUGAAAUAUGGAGCGCGUUUGCAGGGGGAAGUGGUUUUGAGAUACGAGGGACCCGGGUCUUAGAGGGGCCUGACGGUGAGGGACCACUUCCGAGAACCCUGUCGCUGAUCUGAGCGGUUCCCUUUCUACGGAGACGUCCGUGGAAGAGAAAUUUCGAAAAAAGGUUCCGGCCGGAACACAUAAAAAUCUAAGGCAGGAAACCGCCGGGACUCUGAAAGAUGGGUUCGGGGCAAUCUAAGUCUCCACCACCAGACUGCAGCAUUACAAAAUUAACGAGACGUAAAUAUGGUGAUGAGUGCGUGUCAUGUCUUCACGACUGGACAAAACAUUAUGGGUUUCAAGAAGGUGGAUCACUCAGUGUGAAGGACAUACGCGCUUUAAAAGAAAAAUUAGAAGAGAAGGAGAAACAGCUCCGUAAAAGUAGAACGAUCAAAGUUAAAACCUUAGAAGAAAUUGAAUUAAACAACAGAUGCCUUGAGUUUUGGGUUCAAGAAUCAGAACGCAGGGAAAGAGAGAAAUGCCAAAAGAAGGGAGAAAGGACAAAAGUGGUGACGUAGCUGGCAGAAAAGAUAACAACUCUGUGGAGGCUCACACACCGCCACUAUACACACACCACACACAUAUCAUGUCAAGAGCAAAUGCUCCCAUUCUUUCUGCUCUCUAUUCUAAUGCAGAACUGAGCGCGAUGAGGGUAAAUCCGGAUCUGGACUCCUUUCCCACCAUCAGCAGAAGAACCGAAGGAGAAGAAGCGCCAACCAACAACCAGAACAGGGUGGAAGCUCUGACACCACAGCAGCUGGAGGACACAGACCACAGCAUGGACGCCUCAGCGACUCCCACAACGUCUGCAGCCAUCACGUUCUGGGCUCAUCAGAUGAACCAGCUACUACAAGCGUGUGUGUCUGACAGACACCUGCUUAUGACAAUCAGCAAAGGAAAACAAGGACAGAGCAACAGCAGAGAAGACGUGCUCUGACACAGACACUGGUUGAAACAACAGGAGAGGCUUCAGACGUGAUCGGCCCAAAAGAGCUGCAUCUGAGGAUGCAGGAAAGGUCUGUCAUCGAGGAACAACUGUCCCAUCGAAAGGCUUCACCCACUGGCGCUCACAUCAGACUGAUGGUUGGGGAAGGAGGAAGGUGACGGUUCCUUUUCACGUGACGUACAAGACGGUACCGCAAAAACACACACACAUUCAUACACGCAAUGAAGAAACACGCUUACAGCUGAUACACGCUCAAAUUCAUGUUCAUGCUUAUCUGCUCGCAAUGAAGAAUCGCUUUUUGCUCAAAGGAAUCCCACAGAGUGAUUUUAAAAUGAUGACAAACAGCUAAAUGACAACUGCUGCAUGACUUUACAGUCUGAUGGGUUUAAACUAUUUUAAUUUGCAACAAAUUCAGUAAUAAAAUCCUUCAUGUUUCUAAAAAAGAUUUGUGCACAAUAUAGGUUUGUCUGGCCAGACUGUAGGAAAAAAAAACAAAACCAGACUAUAGGAAGACUGAAACUGACUGAAACAGACUAUAAAUGACUAUUAAAGGGAAGACGACUAUUAGAGAGAAGUAAUAAUAAUUACUGUACAUACCAGACAAUAAAAGAAAAACUUACUGUGCCUCUGUCUUGCACGACAUCAGACGGCAAGACACUCAUUUUUGCUUUCAAACUUAUGCCCAGUAAAUUUAUUAGGAAGAGAUCUCAUGUGUAGUUUAGGUAUUUCACUGAUUUCCACUCCGGAGGGAGUGCAGGUCACAACCACGGACAAUGUGAAUAAUUAUUCCUUUGUUUGUGCUAAUUUCAGCUCAGAGCCGCUGCUCUACUCUUAUCAGUGGCUGCUGAAGGGAGGGGCUGUAACUGAGGCCCUCAUACAGGCUGCUCGACAGCUUGUUUCCUCACAGAAUACGACCUUUAGAGACGCAUCUGACCUGUCUUGUACAGCACAUGUGUCCACUGGUCCUGAUGAGGAGUUUGAAAAAUCAUGGUUACACACACAUGCGGACAAACUGACCUCAACCUCUCUAUUCUGGGAUGAACAUAGGUCUGCGCUUGCGAUUUCUCUCACUAACGAACAAGAGAGAUUUGUUGAUGCUUAUUCUGCAGAUCCACAUGUCCUUCUGUCAAAACAUGACGGAGACAGAUGGCAGGACUUGGGUCCUUUCGUGGACAGAUGUCAACGGGAAGGAGACUGGCAAACGACUUCCGACCCGAAUGUGAUGUAUUCACCUACUUUGCAUGCUUACAAAAAACUUUUUCAGUCUAUCUUUCAUGCGCAGUGCACAGUGCACUUGGUACCACAACAUUACACACACACUCCACACCACGUGUUUUUGUCAGAGGACGCUCUGACGCAGUAUCCAGCCUUACAGGAAGUUCCGGCUUCCCUGUGGGCCACACACAAAUAUGAUGUAGGUUUGAUCAAAGGAUGUGACCCAGUGGUCAUCACGCCAAAAUCUGACUACAGACCAUGCAAACAGCAAUACCCUUUAAAGAGAGAAGCAAUUGAAGGAAUAACACCGGUGUUUAACUCUCUUUUGAAAGCAGGAGUCGUUGUCCCAUGUGACAACUCUCCAGUGAGGACUCCACUCUUCCCAGUUAAGAAAAUCAGAGACAAAGGACAGCCAACAGAAUGGAGGUUUGUCCAGGAUCUGCAAGCAGUAAAUGCGGCGGUCCAACCACGCGCGCCUACGCGUGCCCAUCCACAAAGACAGUCAAUUCUGGUUUGCUUUUGAAUUCAACGGAAAGUCAUACACUUUUACCAGACUGUGCCAGGGGUAUUCAGAAAGCCCUACCAUCUACAAUAUGGCACUAAAAGACAGCCUGGAUGAUCUUGUCUUGUCCCCAGGCACCGCCCUGCUGCAGUACGUUGACGACUUGAUGAUCUGCACUGAGGAUCAGGAAACUUGCAAAGCAGAUACGAUCAAGCUGCUGAAACACCUGCAUGGUGCUGGACACAAAGCAAGUCUGUCUAAAUUACAGUUUGUUCAGACUGAAGUUACCUUCUUAGGUCACAUCAUCACCGCUGAAGGGAAAUCCAUUUCACCUAAAAGAGCUGAAGCUAUUCAGAACCUGCCUAAACCGUGCACAUACAAACAGCUUAUGUCCUUUUUAGGCAUGUGCUCUUAUUGCAGGAAUUUCAUUCCUAACUGCGCCGUCUUGGAGGCUCCGCUUAGAGCUCUGAUGCAGACGUCUUCUGCAUCCACCACCCGCCUCACGUGGACAUCUGAGGCUGAACAGGCGUUCACCGACCUCAAACUAGCUCUUCAGUCGGCUCCUACUUUGGGUCUGCCUGACCCUACGCGACCUUUCACCCAAACAGUGGAUGAGAAAUCAGGUUGUAUGACCUCUGUCCUUCUACAGGAUCACGGAGGGCGUCCACGCCCUGUAGCCUAUUUCUCUGCUAAGCUUGACCCAGUCGCUGCGGGGCUCCCACGAUGCCUCCGAGCAGUGGCUGCGGCAGAGAAAGCCGUGCUGGCAUCACGUGACAUUGUUGGCUAUUCUGAUGUCACCCUGCUGGUUCCUCAUGCCGUGUCUUUGAUCCUUUUGGAACAAAAAACAUCGCAUCUUUCUACAGCCCGAUGGCUUAGAUACAACACCAUCCUACUGGAAAUGCCAAACAUCACUGUCAAAAGGUGCAAUGUGCUUAACCCAGCCACUUUGUUUCCAGGCCCUGACGAUGGCGAGCCUCACAACUGUGUUUCGGUCUUGAACCAGGUUUGCACUCCGCGCCCAGAUCUAUCGGAGGUGCCAAUUCCUAACUGUGACCUCGUUCUCUUUGUUGAUGGCUCCGCCUCUAGAGACCCUGCUUCGGGCCACUGUCAGGUUGGAUAUGCAGUCUGCACCUCUCAUACUGUUUUACAGUCUGGCCCUUUGCCAGGACAUUACUCUGCUCAGGCUGCGGAGUUGAUUGCACUGACCGAAGCCUGUAAAUUGGCUGAAGGGAAGUCUCCUACUAUCUACACAGACUCCAGAUACGCUUUUGGCGUCACACAUGACUUUGGUGCUCUGUGGAAACACAGAAAGUUUUUGAAAUCUGAUGGCAAACCUAUCUUGCAUCAUGAUAAGGUUGCUGAUCUGCUCGACGCAAUUCUGUUACCAGCUGCAAUUGCUGUAUGUAAGUGCCCUGCACACACUGGGGGCACUGAUCCCAUCUCUGCUGGAAACGCACGCGCUGAUGCUGCUGCGAAGGCAGCUGCCCGACUUCCCCUUCCCUUUGCUCCCUGCCUCUUAUCCUCCACCUCUACCCGACCUCCCUCUCCUCCCUCUGCUCUCCCGGAUCUUCAGACAUUCUCUACCCCACAGGAACGCAAGCUCUGGCUGACGAAUGGCGCCACCAGUAGCCAUGGCGUUUGGUAUGGGCCCGACGGCAAACCUUGCCUACCUAAACACUUUUUCCCUCAUUUCGCGAAGUUGACACAUGGACUAGACCAUGUAUCAAAGGGGGGAAUGUUAGAUGCUCUUACAAAACAUUGGUACACUAAGGGAUUUUCAAUCUAUGCACAAAAAUACUGUGAAGCAUGUAUGACAUGCGCCCGGCUGUGAAGAUCGCAGAAAGAGCGACUUGGAUCCACUCCAGCCACUGCAGGAAGGUCCCGGAUCCGACAGACGACCCUCCAUCUCCAUCUACACCACACGAGAAAACCACCACUGUCGAAAAGAAUUGAGAAGGACGACCCUCGCUGUGCUCACACACGCACUGAGGCGAGGCUGCGUUGACCGUUCAGCUAAAGGUGUGAGCCAAGCGCCGCCUGAAGCUGCGCCGAUGAAUCACACUAUCAGACCAUACAUCUACACACACGCUCCUGGGAAAACACACACACGAGCAGCCUUGAGUUGCCGACGCUGGACGACGUGUAGACUCUUCACAUCACGGGAGUGACAGUGACUCAGACGACAUUGGAAGGAAACCUGGAGGUGAUAACGAAUCCCAGGUGUCUCUGUGAUCAGCUGAUCACAACCUGAAGAACCCCAACGAACUGUCAAGGUGUCAACAAACAGGUUGGAAACAAUCUAACGCUACUGUUCAACAGGAAGAAGAAGACAUUGAUUGUGACCCUGUUGUUUUUGAUAUGUUACUCUAAUAUUUGCUCUAAAUUAUGUGAUUGAUUUACAUGUAUACCUCUCUGUGAUUUUCAUCCAAUAUUCUUAAACAAAGCAUUUUAUGCUCCCACUUGAUUCACACUUUCACACAAAUUUUUAUCUUCCACUGACACAAUGCACUACAUUCAGGAAUCCGGACACCGAUUCACUCAUUGAUUCUGAUGCUGACUCUGUAGAGGAUGAUGUUGACAACGAGGACCACAAAGAUGACUCCGAUGAUGAUGGUAGUGACACAGAGACUGACGCCACAAUAGUUUAAAUCAACAUAUAACCCUCUUCCUAUUUUUGCUUGACUGAACGUGAUCUGAUUGAUUAUAGGCUUAUGUCCCUGUCUUUCCAAAGCUCAUACACAAGGGUUAUUCUAGUAUAACUACCCACAAAAACAGCUCACAAUCUUUUAUCCCUACGCCAUUUACAUUUUUAUAAGCAAUACAUUUAAUUCAUUUUUAAAGAAUGCUUUAUUACUAUAGAAUGAAUGCCACGAUUGACAAUUUUUACUGUUUUAAUGUUUGAUUAAUGUGUAAUCAAAAGGGGGGAAAUGUAAUGGAAAAAUUGUACUUUAAUGCUUCUUGGGUUCAUUUCUGACUCUGCAUAGUGACCAUGCAUUCUGUACUUGUUGAUUAGACCCAGAACUGAGCAUUCUCAGACAGACAAUCUAUCUCCCUCUCAAGGUGACCGAUUGUUCAUGGCCUGAGUCUGCCUUUUAACCCUGGGCUCAGGCUCCUUUCUGUCUGAUGCCUCACCAGACCCAAGGCUGUAGCCUUGUUUAUUCCCUGUGUAAUAUGAACAUCUUCACCCACAGUGUGAUAAGGAGAUUCCACCAGGUCCAGGGAAAAAGGUUAAAAGGCAGAAGCAACUUGAGGAUCGUGGGCUCUUUGCAUCACACCUUCGUGGUGUGUGCACUGAUCUCCCCAGCUGGUUUUCUUUUCUUUUUGAUUUGCUUUCCCCAUUAUUUUUAUUUUCUUUAUUAUUUCAAUAAAUCGCACAAAAAGGACAA